CUAAAGGUAUACCAUUUCUCACAGCCAAAAGAAAAGGUUUCGUGAAAUUUCCAGCCGAGGGAAGGGAAGAGAAGAGGAGAGAGUUCUCUAUUGAAAUGGCGGCGGUGAGAGGAGCUCUGCUAAAGCACCUGAGGGUCAACGCUACACCCCUGCCUCUGCUCCGUUACCCCAAAACUACCCCUAACGGGAUCUUUAAUAUUACCUUCAACGCCAUACGCCGUUUCUCCGACGAGGUCAUGGGCUCAUUCCUCGACAAGUCGGAGGUAACCGAUCGCGUUGUCUCCGUCGUCAAAAACUUUCAGAAAGUUGAUCCUUCCAAGGUUACCCCAGAUGCCCAUUUUCAAAAAGAUCUCGGGUUAGAUAGUUUGGACACUGUGGAAGUUGUGAUGGCCCUUGAAGAAGAAUUUGGGUUCGAGAUACCUGAUAAUGAGGCAGACAAGAUCAGCACAAUCAAUCAGGCUGUUGAGUUCAUUGCUUCUCACCCUCAGGCGAAGUAGAUAAGAAAAUUAUGAUAUUCUGCUUUUUGUUAUUCUUUAUUUUCACUUUGUUCACCUGAGACAUGAAAUCUGAAACUGCAUUGGAUAAUUCCCUAAUCACAUGGCAUUGGCAAAUGCUUUUUGUAUCCGACUGAUUAGUGUUUUUGAUAUUUACUGCUUUGGACGCUGCUGUUCCAAAUCAUAAAAAUGAAACAAUUUGGUGAGAAGUGCUGUUUCU